AUGAGGAGCGCAACAAGGGUUCUCCACAUUCUCUUGGUCCUGGCGAUGCUCAGUGCCGUUUUCGUUGGGAACGAAGCUCGACCCUUCAACGUGAUGGAGACGAAAGCGCCAGUGGGAGUUGCCUGCGGAGGGUUCUUCGAUGGGUUGUCGCUUGGGGCUAUCAAGCAAGCUGGCCCGAGCCCGGGUGAGGGACACAAGUUCACCAACUCGGAGACACUUGGAGGGAUUAAGGACUCAGGCCCAAGCCCGGGUGAGGGACACAAGUUCGCCAACUUGGAGACACUCGGAGGGAUUAAGGACUCGGGCCCAAGCCCUGGCGAAGGACACGGGCACGUCACCGGCACGAACCAGUGA